AUGUCGUCUCCAUCGCACUCUGGUGUUCUUCAUGAAUUCGCCCCCAGGCUUGUGGCCUUCGAGUUCACAUCGCCCGAGAAGCCAAACAAGCCAAACAGCUUGAUUUUCGUGGGUGGAUUGACCGAUGGAUUUUCCACGGUCCCCUACGUAGCUCCCUUAGCUAAAACACUUGAGCCAACCGACUGGUCUGUCUUUUCUAUCUUGCUUACUUCCUCCUACAAUGGAUUCGGAGUCAGCAGUCUUGACCUCGAUGUAGAGGAGAUCGCACAAUGUGUGCAGUUCAUUCGCAAUCUGAAGGGUGAAUCUGGAAAGGUCGUACUCAUGGGCCACUCCACUGGCAGUCAGGAUGUUCUGCACUAUCUCCACUCGCCAAACCCUCUUCCCAAGGACUCUGACUUCGACAUCGGUCUCAAGUACCUGACUCGCCCCGUGCUCGAUGGUGCCAUUAUGCAAGCGCCCGUUUCGGAUCGGGAGGCUAUUAAGCACCACGUCGAAACCUCCGACCAGCCCAGCGAGGGUCGGGGCGCUUAUGAGCAGCUCGUAAGCGCUGCUAAGAGACAGCCAUGGACCCAUGAUAAGAUUGACUCUAUCCUUCCAAUGAAUAUGACUGGAAUGCUGGGUUUACCGGGCAAUGCGCCUCUCAGUGCCCGCCGAUUCCUGAGCCUGGUCAGCCCAGACAGUCCUCAGAACCCAGCAGCGGACGAUCUUUUCAGCUCCGACCUGACUGACAAGCGUCAUCAGGAGACAUUUGGGCAAAUUGGUUCGCGGGGUAUCCUGAACCCCAAAUCUAAGUUCUUGAUUUUAUACUCGGGCAGUGACGAGUAUUGCCCGCCUUGGGUCAAUAAAGAGGCUUUGCUGCAGAAGUGGCAACAAGCGACCGAGGCUGGGGGUGCUUCUUGGGAUACAGAAAACGGUGGGAUCGUUUCUGGUGCCUGUCACAAUGUCAGUGGCGAAGGCCAAGAGGAUCUAAUUAGCCGAGUGGUGCGGUACCUGCAGAGCAUCUAA